AGCAAGCAGCAAUGGAAGAUAAUCAAUUUGUUUCUGAAGAAUUAUUCUUCCAUGUGGAUGAAGAAUCAGACAAUUUGGAUCAAUCUGAUGAUCAUCAUGAUUCGUCUUCAAUCAACGAUGGAGAAAGUUCGAUUCAUGACUAUGGAAGCAGUGUCGUCUUUGAUGGUCCUCAAUCUUAUUCGGAACAAUGGCCUAAAAGUUAUAAGGAAACAACUGAUUCAAUCUCAAUUGCUGCAUCACCAAGUGGACUCAACCUUCUAAAACAAGCACAAAACAUAACUCAAAGUAUACACCAAAGCAUUACCAAUCUAUCUUUGCAUGAUGUAGAGGCCAAGUCUCCUUUACUUAUCCUUCAUGAUAAAUCUAAAGAACAGUCGGAUAGUACUAUAACAUUGUCUAACUAUAACUUCACCAAGAUUUCUGAGCAAAACAUUCCUUAUGGAUGCAGUGUUACACAAACUGUCUUCAAUGGGUUCAGUGUAUUUGUUGGCAUUGGACUUCUAUCGGUACCAUCAACAAUAGAACAUGGAGGUUGGGCAAGUAUGGGAUUACUACCUCUUUAUGCAGGAAUAUGCAUGUUUACCAGCUAUCUCAUCACAAGAUGUAUGCAACACAACAAAUGCAUUAUCACUUUUCCUGACCUAGGAGAAGCAGCAUUCGGAAACUAUGGUCGUGUUUUUGUAUCAAUUAUCUUCUACAUCGAGUUAUAUUUUAGUUGUGUGGAGUUCAUAAUACUGGAAGCAGAUAAUUCUGCCAAAUUAUUCCCUAAUGCUUCCUUUCAUUGGGGUGAUUUUUACCUUAGCCCCGUUCACUUUCUUGGCAUAGUAACUGCUCUUAUUGUUCUACCAAUUUGCUAUCUUAGAGAUUUUCGCAAAAUCUCUUUCAUUUCUGCGGGUGGAGUAAUUGGAGUAGCAUGCAUAGCGUUUUCGCUAAUCUUAGUAGGAGUAACAGAGGAUAUUGGAUUUCAUCAAAACGGUCCUCUAGUGAAAUGGAAUGGCCUUCCUUAUGCCCUUGGUGUGUUUGGUUUUUGUUACUCUGGUCAUUCUGUGCUUCCAAAUUUGUAUCAUUCAAUGUCAAAUAAGAACAAUUUUCUUAAAGCCAUGGCAAUAAUUUUUGUGUUAUCUCUCUCAAUAUAUUUUCUUGUGGCGAUUUCGGGAUUUCUCAUGUUUGGUGAAGAUACAAACAGUCAAGUCACCCUUAAUCUACCAGCAAAUGUUUCUCCCACCACAAUAACCUUAUGGAUGACAGUUUUAAGCCCCUUGUUCAAAUAUCCCUUGUUACUAAAUCCAUUGGCCAGGAGUCUAGAGGAAUUGCUGCCACCACACCUAUCCAAUAGUUGGUGGUGCAUAAUUCCUUUGAGAACUACCCUUGUUGCUUCCAGUGUUUGUGUAGCUUUCCUUGUGCCCUUUUUUGGUUAUGUCAUGGCUUUCGCUGGAUCACUAUUAUGCAUUCUUACGUCCAUCGUAGUGCCAACUCUCGUCUAUAUAAAACUCUUCAGAAACCUAUCACUUACAGAGAUGACUACAUGUUAUGCAGUCGUGUGGAUGGGCUUUUUCGUGGCAAUGUUUGGGACAUAUUCUUCGGUGUGCAACAUUAUCCGGAGCUACCAACACAAUCCUUAA